UACGGGAUCUUCGAAGACACUAAUAUCAUGUCCUACUGGGAGUCGACCCACCACUUCCCGAUUCCCGAUGCGAUGGCAAAGAAAUACCCGUGGCUGAUAGUGUUUCAGAAGGAACGCAGUAACCGUAGAUCCCACGCGGGCCGUGCGUGGAAGCAGUUCUUGGAGUUGUUGAUCACCGUCAUGCGUGAAGGGUGGUGUGACCUGGACAUCCUGCUGGAUCCACAUUUUCUGCAUUUCCCCAAGCGCGCCGAGUCCGUCACGUGGUACCCAGGGUUGGCCUCGCGCCAGGCUAAUUUGGUGGAUCGUAACUUGAACCGGCCAGAGCCCACGGAUCUCAUGAAGGCGUUGAAUGAGUGUAACAACGAGGAUCCAUGGUGCAAUCACUACCGGGAUACUCCCCAAUACCAUCCUGCGCGCAACAUCGCGCGUCUUCCUGCCAAAUUUUUCAAUCUUCGCGCGGUUGGUGACCAGUAG